UGUUUACAAUUUUUAAGGUUUAUAAGACGUAAAUUCACGAUUAUAACAAAUAUAGAUAAACACAUUUAAUUCAUAUUUUGACAUGGUAUGUUAAUAACUAAUGUAUUUGACGAAAUAAAUUACGAUAUACAGUGGUUUUGCUUUCGGUCUAAAAAUAGUCUGUGUAAAGGCUGGGUUAUUAAUGUGUCAUCUCAACACUGACCUACUUUCAUUAGAAACACUUUUUCAAUAAAACUCUAAACCGAAACCCCUUAGAGAGCCCUUACAAAGCAGCAGUCUGACAGCGAGAGGCGGCGAUCAAUAGGUGCGCGCACUGCGCUCGCGUCACCACGGAAGAUGGCGGACACGGAGUUCGAGGAGUUCAGAAAUUAUUUCGAAUCUCUUCCACAACACUUGAAGGCACCUGCUCACACUUACACGCUCGUACAUGAUGUGGGUCUGGAUGAAGACUCACCGACAUCAUCCAAGGCCAGCGAGCAGGAGGAGACAAAGGAGUUGGAUGGACCCAUCACCCUGAGCAGCAGCGAGGAGGACUUCCCACCAGCUGAAUUACACAGGACUCGUUACAUACCUGGAAAUGACCGAACUAUGGAACGUUUUGUUGCAGCAUCAGUAUUAAGCUUAGCUGACGAGUUAGGAGAUGCACUGUCGCUACAGCUCGCUAUCAGUCGUAGUAACCCUCCUCGUUCAUUGCUCAUGCUCAAGUGCCACGGUUAUCUGAGAAACGAGGACAGUUCUCCUGACUCCGAUAGGUUCCAAAGCACUGACGUAGACUCGGGUAACUCCACUGCUCACAGUCCUGAUGGUCCCAAGUCCACCUCGCCACAACCUACAAUAGCCACCAACCACAGUUUUAGCUUCCCUGCAGAUUCUGACACUCCGGGAUCACCCACAAGUUCUGCUGGACUGCCUUUCACCCAACUGGAACUGCUGGAAGCUACCCACCGAGGUUUGCACAAGUUCAUACCCAGGCAUAGAGACGAGAUGGAGGUGGAAAUUGGAGAUCCCAUUUAUGUACAGAAGGAGGCGGAUGAUUUGUGGUGUGAAGGUGUCAAUCUGAGGACAGGCAGGCAAGGAAUAUUUCCAUCGGCAUACGCAGUGGACAUGGAGUAUAACGACUUCGAUCCUAACACCCCAAAAGUGAAGCGAGAACGGUUUUUGUUGGGAUACUUGGGAUCGGUGGAGACGAUAUGCCACAAAGGCAACUCAGUACUCUGCCAAGCAGUCAAGAAGAUCGUUGCGACCAAACAUAAAGCCCACUCGUGUAUACUGGAGGUGUCAGACCAAGGCCUGCGCAUGGUUGAUAAGAGCAAGCCUCCAGGUUCAAGUGCUCCUUGUCACGAUUACUUCUACUCCCUCAAAAAUGUGUCUUUCUGUGCGUUCCACCCGACUGACCAUAGGUACCUGGGAUUCAUUACUAAACACCCCCAACUACACAGGUUCGCCUGUCACGUGUUCCUUGGCUGUGAAUCUACUCGACCAGUUGCUGAGUCAGUUGGGAGGGCCUUUGAAAGGUUUUAUACCAAAUUCAUUGAGACUGCAUAUCCCAUAGAAGAUAUUUAUAUAGAAUAAUUUAUCUUAAUUUAAGUAACAGAGACCAGAAACCUACAAUAAAACAGCUUCUCUCUGCACAUUCCUCAUACUAAUGGUGGCUGGUGGCAAUCUAAGCUUUACAGCUAUCUGAACUAAUUUCUUCCUCUUCAAGAAGUUUCGCACCUUGCUUGGAUCAUAAAACUGAGAUAGUUCGGACAUAAUGAGAUUUAGUCUAUCAACACAUUUAAAACAUCCAAAUAAGGACCUGUGCAAAAUAUCAAACUCCUAAAUCAGACUUAUCGGAAAUGAAAGUAUAUAUAGAUGGAGGAUUGGAGUUUUAGGGUACUAUACAGAGUAUUCAUAAAUUAUUCUAUAGUCACAUAGAAAAAAAUAAGAUACUUAACAUAGAGUAUGGUGUGCCGCCAAUCACCUGUGUUUUUUUUCAAAUAAAUUGUAUCUUUAAUCUUUUGACAGCCUAAAAUUUUAUAUUUUACUUGAAGUACUUAAAAAUACCAUCUAUUUCUCUACUAACUGUAUACACCUGACAAUUUUUAAUAGUUUUAUUAAGAUUUAGUAAAUUGACACU